GGAGCCCAGUCCUCCAGAGUCUUGCCUUGACCACUUCCUCCUCCUCUGCUUGGGCAGCCUUCCUCUCCUCCUGGGAGUCCCAUUCCCAGACCCCCUUCAAUGGGCUGAAGAUCUGUAGUUGCUGUUGUCCUGUUGGUAGUGAAACAGAAUCCCUUAAAUAACAAAGGGAAAUGCUAUGCUUGCUUUUGCAGGCAGGGAAUGUUUUCAAGCUGUAGAGGAUUGAAUCUGUGAAUACAGAGAGGGAGGAAAGGUGAUUUUUGGCUGAGAAUUUUGGAGAAGAACCUGUUCAGGGAUUUUUUUUCCCUUGAGAGAAGAAGGAGGAAAGGCACCUUGGAUACGGUUUGCUUCUUCAUCAAAGAGUGGUUCCAACAUGGAGAGACCCAACUCACCUGGACUCCUCAGUACAAGCUGUUUUUGAGCUGCUUAGGUCAACAGUAAGCUGGGCUUGAUAGUCGGCAGCUCACCUUUUGGUUGGUAGAUGUUAUCAUUGCUGGUGAUUUUACCAGACUUCUAGAGCAGAGCCUGUUCAGGAAUUUUCAUUUUCCGAGAAAAGAGGGAGGAAAAGCAUCUUGGAUCCAGUUUGAUUCUUCAUCCAAGAGUGGUUUCAACAUGGAGAGACCCAACUCACUUGGAUCUGAAGCAGGACCUGAGAGCAUUGAGACAUCCUUGAGAAAAACUACACUUAAGUCCCAGAGUGUGGACCUUUAUAGCUCGGACACACAGUUCCAGCGCUUCAGGCAUUCCUCCUUCCGAGAGGGCGAGGAACCCAGAGAGGUUUGCAGCCGCCUCCACUCUCUCUGCCGCCAGUGGCUGAAGCCAGAGCAACACACCAAGGCGGAGAUGCUGGACCUGGUGAUCCUGGAGCAGUUCCUGAGCAUCCUGCCCCCAGAGAUGGGGAGCUGGGUCCGAGAGUGUGGGGCAGAGACCUCUUCCCAGGCGGUGGCCCUGGCGGAAGGAUUCCUCCUGAGUCGGGCAGAGGACGAGAAGCAGGAAGGACAGAUUGGACCCAAAUGGGGGAUAAGCCAAUCCUUGAAGAGACCCAACUCACUUGAACCUGAAGCAGGCAGGGCCUCCGGAAGCAGUGGAGAAUUCUGGGAAAGAACUACACAGAUGUUCCCGAAUACGUACACACAGCACCAGUGCUUCAGGCAGUCCUCCUACCAAGAGGGCGAGGGACCUGGAGAUGUUUGCAGCCACCUCCACGAUCUCUGCCGCCAGUGGCUGAAGCCAGAGCACCACUCCAAGGUGGAGAUACUGGACCUGGUGAUCCUGGAGCAGUUCCUGAGCAUCCUGCCCCCAGAGAUGGGGAGCUGGGUCCGAGAGUGUGGGGCAGAGACCUCUUCCCAGGCGGUGGCCCUGGCGGAAGGCUUCCUCCUGAGUCGGGAAGAGGAUGAGAGGCGGGAAGGACAGGCCUUAAAUAACUGUAUUGAAGUCCAGCCUGAUGUCUCUGCAUCAUUGGGUGCCACCCAGAGCCUCCAGCAGAAGGAGCUCAAGCAGGAAGCAGAUGAAGCUGCAGCCUUGCAGGGGGCUGGAAUGAUGUUGUUGCCGAUUCCACAGUUGAAUCUCCCCUUUUGUGGUGGAGUGGAACUGAAUCAGGGCCCAAUCACCUUUGAGGACGUGGCUGUCCAUUUCUCCCUGGAGGAGUGGGCUCUCCUGAAUCCUGAUCAGAAAGUCUUGCACAAGCAAAUCAUGGAGGAGAUUCAUGGGAUGGUAGACUCUCUUGAUAACUGGAAAAAGAGCAAUGUAUACUCCAAGCCUUGUGAGCACAUUGGGGGCAUUCCUAGACACCAGCAAAUCCACAGUGAAGAUGGAGGGUCUGCCAUAGAAAGACCCUACAAAUGCAGUGUAUGUGGCCAGUGUUUUACCCAUAACAUGGCACUUGUGCUUCACAAGACACUCCAUGCUGGGAAAAGCCAUCUUAAAGUAUCAGCAGAAUUUGUUGCUAAUUACAAAUUCCCACAUCUGAGCCAAGAAGAAAUCUUUGAAGGAACUGAGGAUAUCUUAAGCCAGGAGUGUAGGAAAUCUUUUAUCCAGAGUUCACCCUUGGUGAAACAUGAGAGAUUUCACACAGGAGAGAAGCCAUACCAAUGCCAGGAGGGGGGAAAAGGUUUUGCCUACAGUUCACUUCUGGUGAAACACGAAAGGCUUCCCACAGGAGAGAAGCUAUACCAAUGCCAGGAAUGUGGGAAAUAUUUUACUCAGAGUUCAGUAUUGCUGAAGCACAAAAGAGUCCACACAGGAGAGAAGCCAUACCAAUGCAAGGAGUGUGGGAAAUGUUUUGCUUACAGUUCAGACUUGGUAAGGCACAAAAGAGUCCACACAGGAGAGAAGCCAUACCAAUGUCAGGAGUGUGGCAGAUGUUUUACUCAGAGUUCAAUAUUGUUGAGCCACAAAAGACUCCAUGCAGGAGAGAAGCCAUACCAAUGCCAGGAAUGUGGGAAAUCUUUUACUCGGAGUUCACACUUGGUGACUCACAAAAGACUCCACACAGGAGAGAAGCCAUACCAAUGCCAGCAGUGUGGGAAAUGUUUUACUUACAGUUCAGGCUUGGUGAGCCACAAAAGACUCCACACAGGAGAAAAGCCAUACCAAUGCCAGGAAUGUGGGAAAUGUUUUGCUUUCCGUUCAGUCUUUGUGAGCCAUAAAAGACUCCAUACAGGAGAGAAGCCAUACCAAUGCCAGGAGUGUGGGAAAUGUUUUGCUUCCCGUUCAGCCUUUGUGAGUCAUAAAAGACUCCACACAGGAGAGAAACCAUACCAAUGCCAGGAGUGUGGGAAAUGUUUUGCUUCCCGUUCAUCCUUUGUAUGUCAUAAAAGACUCCACACAGGAGAGAAGCCAUACCAAUGCCAGGAAUGUGGGAAAUGUUUUGCUGACAAUGCAGCCUUGAUGAGUCACAAAAGAUUCCACACAGGAGAGAAGCCAUACCAAUGCCAGGAGUGUGGGAAACGUUUUGCUUCCAGUUCAGGCUUGGUGAGGCACAAAAGACUCCACACAGGAGAGAAGCCAUACCAAUGCCAGGAGUGUGGGAAAUGUUUUAGUCGGAGUUCAGUCUUGGUGAGCCACAAAAGACUCCACACGGGAGAGAAACCAUACCAAUGCCAGGAAUGUGGGAAAUGUUUUCCUGACAGUUCAGUAUUGGGGAAGCACAAAAGACUCCACACAGGGGAGAAGCCAUACCAAUGCCAGGAGUGUGGGAAAUGUUUUACUUACAGUUCAGUCUUGAUGAACCACAAAAGACUCCACACAGGAGAGAAGCCAUACCAAUGCCAGGAGUGUGGGAAAUGUUUUACUCAGCGUUCAGGCUUGAUGAACCACAAAAGACUCCACACAGGAGAGAAGCCAUACCAAUGCCAGGAGUGUGGGAAAUGUUUUACUCAGAGUUCAGGCUUGGUGAACCACAAAAUAGUCCACACAGGACAGAAGCCAUACAAAUGCCAGGAGUGUGGGAAAUGUUUUGCUGACAGUGCAGCCUUGGUGAGGCACAAAAGACUCCACACAAGAAAGAAGCCAUACGAAUGCCAGGAGUGCGGGAAAUGUUUUACUCACAGUUCAGGCUUGGUGAACCACAAAAUAGUCCACACAGGAGAGAAGCCAUACCAAUGCCAGGAGUGUGGGAAAUGUUUUGCUGACAGUGCAGCCUUGGUGAGCCACAAAAGAUUCCACACGGAAGAGAAGCCAAACCAAUGCCAGGAGUGUGGGAAAUGUUUUGCUCGUAGUUCAGCCUUCAUGAGCCACAAAAGACUCCAUAAAAUCAUAGAAAGCCUGUUGAGGGAUUUCUUUCCCUUGAGAGAGGAGGGAGGAAACGCAUCUAGGAUCCAGUUGGCUUCUUCAUCCAUCAGUAGUUCCAACAUGGAGAGACCCAACUCACCUGGACCUGAAGCAGGCAGGCCUCCUGGGAGCAAUGGGGAAUUCUGGGAAAGAACUACGGAGACAAUCCUGAAUGCGCACAUACAGCUCCAGCGCUUCAGGCAUUCCUCCUUCCGAGAGGGCGAGGGACCCAGAGAGGUUUGCAGCCGCCUCCACUCUCUCUGCCGCCAGUGGCUGAAGCCAGAGCAACACACCAAGGCGGAGAUGCUUGACCUGGUGAUCCUGGAGCAGUUCCUGAGCAUCCUGCCCCCAGAGAUGGGGAGCUGGGUCCGAGAGUGUGGGGCAGAGACCUCUUCCCAGGCAGUGGCCCUGGCAGAAGGCUUCCUCCUGAGUCGGGCAGAGGACAAGAAGCAGGAAGGACAGGCCCAAAAUAACUGUAUUGAAGUCCACCUCGGUGUCCCUGAAUCAGAAAAGUCUCACUCAGACACCACCCAGAGCCUCCAGCAGAAGGAGCUCAAGCAGGAAUCGGAUGAAGCUGCAGCCUUGCAGGGGGCUGGAAUGAUGUUCCCGAAUCCACAGUCGUUUAUUCCCCUUUGUGAAGGAGUGGAACUGAAUCAGGGCCCAAUCGCCUUUGAUGUCGUGGCUGUUCAUUUCUCCCUGGAGGAGUGGGUUCUUCUGAAUCCUGGUCAGAAAGUCUUGCACAUGCAGAUCAUGGAAGAGAUUCAUGGGAUUGUGGACUCUCUUGCAGAUAAAUGGAAGAAGAGCAAUGUCUACACCAAACACAGUCAGCAUUCUGGGCACAAUGAGGGCCUUCCUAGACACCAGCAAACCCACAGUGAAGACGGAGUUUCUGCCAGGGAAAGGCCCUUCCUAUGCAAUGCAUGCGGGCAGUGUUUUAAACAUUAUAUGGCACUUGUGCUUCACAAGACACUCCAUGCUGAGAAAAGGCAUCUUAAAUGGAAAGUAUCAGCAAAAUGUGUUGCUGAUUACAAAUUGCCACAUCUGAGCCAAGAAGAAAUAUUUGAAGCAACUGAAGAUUUCAUAAACCAAGAGUGUGGGAAAUCUUUUAUCCAGAGUUCACACUUGGAGAAACAUGAGAGAUUUCACACAGGAGAGAAUCCAUACCAGUGCCAGCAGUGUGGGAAAUGUUUUGCUGACAGUUCAGCCUUGGUGACGCAUAAGAGAGUCCACACAGGAGAGAAACCAUACCAAUGCCAGGAGUGUGGGAAAUGUUUUACUCACAGUUCAACCUUGGUGAACCACAAAAGACUCCACACAGGAGAGAAACCAUACCAAUGCCAGCAGUGUGGGAAAUGUUUUGCUGACAGUUCACACUUGGUGAACCACAAAAGACUCCACACAGGAGAGAAACCAUACCAAUGCCAGGAGUGUGGGAAAUGUUUUACUCAGAGUUCAACCUUGGUGAGCCACAAAAGAAUUCAUACAGGAGAGAAGCCACACAAAUGCCAGGAGUGUGGGAAAUGUUUUGGUUACCGCUCAGACUUGGUGAGCCACAAAAGAGUCCACACAGGAGAGAAGCCAUACCACUGCCAGGAGUGUGGAAAAUGUUUUGCUGACCGUUCAUCCUUGGUGAGCCACAAAAGAGUCCACACAGGAGAGAAGCCAUACCAAUGCCAGGAGUGUGGGAAAUGUUUUGGUUACCGCUCACACUUGGAGAGCCACAAAAGACUCCACACAGGAGAGAAGCCAUACCAUUGCCAGGAGUGUGGGAAAUGUUUUACUCAGAGUUCAGGCUUGGUGAACCACAAAAUAGUCCACACAGGACAGAAGCCAUACAAAUGCCAGGAGUGUGGGAAAUGUUUUGCUGACAGUGCAGCCUUGGUGAGGCACAAAAGACUCCACACAAGAAAGAAGCCAUACGAAUGCCAGGAGUGCGGGAAAUGUUUUACUCACAGUUCAGGCUUGGUGAACCACAAAAUAGUCCACACAGGAGAGAAGCCAUACCAAUGCCAGGAGUGUGGGAAAUGUUUUGCUGACAGUGCAGCCUUGGUGAGCCACAAAAGAUUCCACACGGAAGAGAAGCCAAACCAAUGCCAGGAGUGUGGGAAAUGUUUUGCUCGCAGUUCAGCCUUCAUGAGCCACAAAAGACUCCAUAAAAUCAUAGAAUCAUAGAGUUGGAGACCUCAUGGGCCAUCCAUAAACCUUUAAAAAAGAUGAGUAAAUAUGUAGCAUUUGGUUGCAAACGGUGUAAUUUCAGUGUGAUUUGCAGUUUUCUUCCUGGCAGUAAUUCUAUAUUUGCAUACUGUUGGGUGGGACUGAAAAAUCAUGUCUUCAGUAUCUUCCCAGGUGGGAUCUAAAGCUUAGAUGAGCCUUGAACCAGAGCUGGAAGACAAACAGACAAGAAACAGUAACUUGAGUCAAUUGAAAUGCCAAGCCCAGUACUCGUUUCAGUCCAACCUAUUCACAGCACUGGUUGACAUAAAAUGUCCUAAACUCCAAAAUGUGACAUAUUCCUGGGCUGGAGAAUGCUCCUGUGUCCAUAGCGUCAAUUCUUUAUAGGUUUCUUUAUAGGACUUAAUUGUAACCUCUGAGACAUGUUUAUGUGAUUAGCUUUCCACACCUUGCUCUCUCUCAGGGGCAGGAAUGAUGUUGUUGGCAAAUCCACAGUCGUUUCUUCUGCUUUGGGAUGAAGUGGAAUUGAAUCAGGUAAGCAGAAGAAUUUCUGGGAGAAUCGAGGGCUAUAACCUUUUUCACAAAAGCAUCUGGAUAAGAAUCAAGGGAACUGGGACUCAAAAAGAUCUUGUCGUAGGCGUGUACUACAGAUUUCCGAGCCAGGAUGAAAAACUCAAUGAAGCCUUCUGUCAACAGUUGACGAAACAAGCACAAAGAGAAGAUAUAAUAGUCAUGGCAAUUUCAACUAUCCCGAUAUUUGCUGGAAAACAAACAUGGCCAAGAGUACAAGAGAUUCCUUGCUUGCCUUGCAGACAGUUUUAUGGUCCAGAAGAGGCUGAAUCCUUAGGGGCAAGUAACCAUGUGUUCCUGCAAUUUGCAAGACAAUGGAAGGCUGAAACUAAGACAAGUCAAACUUGCAUUCUGGAUUUUAGGAGAGUUGACUUCCAAAAAAUGAAGGAAAUACUGAGCAGCAUUCUGUGGACGCUGAUAUUAAAAGACAAGGGAGUUACGAAUGGAUGGGAGUUUUUCAAGAGUGAAAUACUCAAGGCGCAACUGCAAACAGUGCCAACAAAGAAAAAAAAAGUAGGAUAAGUGCAAAGAACCCAGAAUUGAUGUCAAAAAGAAAAUCUAACUGGUCUAAGACUCAAAAGAGACAUGUACAAGAAGUGGAAAAGGGGAGAAAUCACCAAAGAAGAAUUCAAACAAAUAACCAACUCCUGUAGGGAAAAAGUUUGCAAGGCUAAAGCACAAAAGGAGCUCAGGCUUGCCAGAGACAUUAGAAACUGUCUACGG